AUGCCCGAGCUGCAGGGCCUCCCGGCUGACGCCGCCGGGCAGCCUCUCGAGCAUCAGCGGGGCCGCCCCCGCGACACAAAGCCCCGCACCGGCGGAGUCAGGCUGCGGUCGCUGGAGUCGCUGCCUGCGCCCGAGCGCGUGCCCCCUGCUCUGCUGCAGCUCACAAGCCGCAUCCCCACGGUGGGACGUGUGGGCGUCGAGCGGCUGUCUGGCCUGGCCGGUCGAGUGCUCGGCGGCCGGGACGCCGACGUCGUGUGGUCCUGGCUGCUGGGGCGGAUGCCGCUCUCUGCCGUCAAGAAUGCAGUCUGGCGUGCGCUGCACAAGGCGGAGCAGACCACGUCGGACUUUUACGGCCUGCUCGCGCCCCCCUUUGAGGAGCUGCGAAAGCGCGCGCAGAGCCUGCGCACGCUCAGCGACGCGCAGCUCAUGUGCUGGGACGCCUCGCCCGUCGGCGGCCGCGAGUGGAUGCAGAUCAUCAUCUUGGACGCGAUAAUCACUCAAGCGCGGGCGAGAGCGCCGGCUGCUGUGACGGCGCACGUCGAGGCGGCCGACCCGCCGACGCACGCGUGCCCGAUAUGCUGUCGCGACGUUGACGCCGCCGCGAGCCGGCGGCUGCCUGCCGACGCCGUCAUGAGCGACGACGUGAUGGUUCUGAUGCUGCACGGCCCGUGCUACCACACCGCGUGCUACGAGUGCCUCUUUGACCGCGCAGUGCCGUUUUUAGAGCCCGGCGUCCUCGAGUCGGGCGACGCGGAGCGGAUCGACGCGGCGCUGGCGCGGGUGGUGGGGGAGGGCCACGUCGAGUGCGGCACGUGCCGUGCGGCCCUCAGCUGGCCGUGGACCGCGUGCGGGACGCACGCGGUCAAGGGGCACAGCAGCUAGCUGAGACGGUCGCCGGGCUAGCUGAGACCCGCGGGUCGGCGCCACUAGAUUGGGGGAAGCUCCGCGGGACCGGACCGUACCGUCUCGGCCCUGGGGCGCACUUAGCAUCGCACUCAUCACACGAUUGCGGGGUCUGGUGAGGCGCGCCCUCUUGUCGCUUCCCAGACCAUCCCUUGCCAGAGACCCGUCGAGCCUCCUUAGUAGCACACGAGCACAGCGCGCCCCCACCCCUUCCCUUCCCUCCGCCACCAGCCUGGCAGUGAGACAGGUCUGCUCGUGGAUCCAGGGCCUGUGCCCUCGCCAGCAUGUGCGAGCAGGGGGUGGUCUCAACACGGGCGAGCUGUACACCACUAGAGAGUCGAGCGAGAGUGUGGCCGCCCCCUGCCCCUCCGGUGCGCUGCGACCUGUGUGAUAUGUGACGUGGGCGAUGUGAUGCGUCGCGCACAGAUGUGGAUUUGCAUACCGUAAAACGUGUUCAUCGUGUUCAAAAACACGCGCAA